GCAUCUGAAGAAGAAUGCUGAGAUCUGGUUCUUCCAGUUUUUUUUAUCGAAUGAGUGUCACACAAUGCAGCGGAUAGACACACCGGCCUGCAGAUCACCUGUAGUCAGCAGUCAGUCAUGUGGGAGAGGCUUUUUCUUCAAACGCUGCUAUGGAUCCUGGUCUGGGGUGAGUUACAUGCAUAUCAAGUUUCUGCAAUUCUGGACUAUGAGAUCGUCAUUCCACAACGUAUAGCGAACAGAGAGAAGAGAGACCUGGAUCCGCACCAAUCAGAGCAGUGGGAGGAGAAUCUUCAAUAUUCCAUCAAUACCUUGAAUCGUACUUUUUUAUUGAGACUUCAGAGGAACAGAGAUUUUGUGAGCAAAGAAUUUGAGAGAUUUACCUACAGUGUAGGUGGUGGACUGCAAUCCUUUAAUCGCACAGCACUGACACACUCCUGUUAUUACCAUGGAGAAGUGGAAGGCAUUGAGGGCUCCAUACUCGCUCUCAGUACUUGUCGUGGCCUCAGUGGUGUUAUGUACAUGGGUGAGAAUCAUUAUAGAAUUGAACCUAUAGAAACCUCAUCACAGGGAGAACAUAGACUGUUCCAGUUAGAAGAGCCCAGCAUGUUGCCUAUGUGUGGGGUAAAAGACUUCAAUACAUCGAUGCCACAUCUGUCACUGCCCUUAUCCUAUGGACUGAGGAGGAAGCGAGCAGUACUGGCCACAACCAGUUUUGUGGAGCUGGGUGUAGUAGUGGAUAAAGCCAGGUAUGACUAUAAAAAUGCAAACAUGACUGCUGUGGAACAAGAGACUCUGGAACUGAUAAACAUUGUGGAUGGGUUUUUUAAACCUUUGAACAUCCGAACUGUUGUGACAAAUUUACUUGUCUGGACAUCAGAAAAUCCUAUCAAUGUGAACGCUGAGACUGCUGGUGGCGUACUGGGAAACUUUGCAGAUUGGAUUGAUCACACAAAAGGAUUGAAAAAGACUGAUAUCUACCACUUACUUAUAGGUCGUGGAUCAUACAGUGGGGUAAUUGGAAUGGCUUUCGUUGGAACUGUUUGUUCACCUUCUCUUAGCGCCUCUAUCAGUUCAUUUGACAAGGGUAAGACAACUUCCUCACAUGCCGGUGUGGUUGCUCAUGAGCUUGGACACAAUCUGGGUUUGAGUCAUGAUGACAGUCCGCGGUGCACUGGUGGUCCCUAUAUAAUGGCCAGCACAGACAGUGGUGGCAAGACUUUCAGCACCUGUAGCGCAGAUGAUUUUGAGUCACUUAUUUUGAGAGGUGGGGGACUCUGCCUUCGAAAUCCACCAGAUCCCAAUCAAGUCCUUAGUAUACCUGUGUGCGGCAAUAACGUGGUCGAUCGAGGAGAAGAAUGUGAUUGCGGCAGUCCACAGGAAUGCCAGAAUCCAUGCUGCAAUGCUGCCACCUGCAGGUUGACAAGUGGAUCACAGUGUGCCCAGGGGCUUUGUUGUGAAAAUUGUAAGUUCAAAGUUGGAGGAACUCUUUGUCGGCCCACGAACGAUCCAUGUGACCUGCCAGAGUACUGUAAUGGAGCUUAUGCCCUGUGCCCAGUAGAUGUCUAUAUAAUGAAUGGAUUUCCCUGCAACAACUCACAGUUUUACUGCUAUAGCGGAGUGUGCCAGACCUUUGAUGGGCAGUGUCGAGCCCUAUUUGGAGAAGGUUCCUCAAAAGGCAAUGACUCAUGUUUCCAGAAAGCAAAUCUGAACGGGGAUAGAUAUGGCAACUGUGGGAUGUCUGGGACAAGUUACAAAAAGUGUUCUAAAGCUGACAGCCUGUGUGGGAAGCUACAGUGUACAGGAGAUGUCAAGCCCAUUCUGAAUGCCCAGGUCACCACUUUCUAUAUGGAAGAAAAGUACAAGUGUACCAGUGUCGACUUUUCCCUGGGAACUGAUGUUCCUGACCCAGGGCUGGUGCAUCAAGGCACUGCAUGUGGAGAAGGCAAGGCCUGUGUCAACUACCAGUGUCAGAAUGCCUCAUUGCUGGGAUACAGCUGUGACGUGAAAACCCAGUGUAACGACCAUGGGGUCUGCAAUAACAAUGGAAACUGUCACUGCAAUGAUGGCUGGGCACCACCAAACUGUAACAGGGCAGGCUAUGGGGGUAGCAUUGAUAGUGGUCCCGCGCAUAUAGACACUUCUCUUCGGGAUGGACUACUUGUCUUCUUCCUGCUAGUUCUGCCUAUCCUAAUAGUGGUUGCUUUUGCUGUAAUUAAGCGUGACGCUAUCCGAAGACGGUUUUGUCGAAGAAGGCGGAGAAACAGGGGAGGAAAUGGGCAGCAACAGCCCCAAAGCAACAAUGCCAACCGAAAUGUUCCAAGGAGCGAGCCUCAGAACACUUAUUCUGAUAUCUUCACUAUAUCACAUCAACUACCCCAAAGACCACAGAACCCUCCUAUAAAGCCGCAGCCUCCUUUGCGUCCCCCACCACCCAGACCAGUCACAACCCCUCAAUAUAACUGGAAUAACUAUGUCUAAAGAUGUUUUAUUUCGAAAUCCAGGAAUAAAAAAGAAAAAUAUAAAGAAUGUACACCUGCAAAAUCAAUAAAGUUUCAUAAAAUAGGUUGAUCAAGAACAAAGAACACUUUUUUACUCAACAGUUUGUUGUUAAGAAAAAAAACAAAAAACUUAUCCUGUUGCCCAUCUCAAUCAGUUUAGGGUGAAUCUGGUAAACCUGAAUGAACCACAACUUGAAAAUGAAGACAUAAUGAAGGAUACACAUGUACUUUAUCACGGAAAUGGAAAGAUACUGUGACAUUUUUACUGACUUUUAUAUAUGCACUUUGAUGGAUUUUGUUUGUAAUAAUAUAUUGUACAGGAUAUGCAAUAAAAAAAGCAUUAUAUAUGCAUUUAUUAUAUAA